AUGCCCCCCAGCUGCCAGGCCCUGCUGGAUGCUCAGGCGCUGCCCAAGCUGUCCCAGCGCAAUCAGGCACUGAGCCAAGCCUGUGCCCCCUACCAGCGCCUGUGCCCGCCUGAGGGGGCCCUGCACACCUGCGCCCCACUCAGCGCCCAGCUCUGCCGCCACCGCCUCCAGGAGUGCCAGACGGUGGCCGCAGCCCCGAGUCCUGACGCAGCAGCGGAGGCGGCAAUGCCAGGGAGCUGUGGGCGCCGCGGGAUCACACAAGCCAACGCCACAGCCCCCCGAGGACGGAUCAUGGGCGGCAGCGUGGCCCCGCGGGGCGCCUGGCCCUGGCUGGUGUCGGUGCGGCUGCACGGGGAGCUGAUGUGCGGAGGGGUGCUGGUGGGGCUCUCCUGGGUCCUCACGGCGGCACACUGCUUUGGCGGGAACCGGAACGAGCUGGCCUGGACAGUGGUGGUGGGCGACUACGAGCUGGGCAAGCCGGGAGCGGGCAAGCGGGCAGUGCCCGUCCGGCGCAUCCUGCCUCACCCUAAGUUUAAUCCAAAGACGUUUCACGGGGACUUGGCGCUGCUGGAGUUGGCAGUGCCGCUGGCCCCAUCAUCCACCGUCAGCCCCGUGUGCCUUCCCAGCGGCCCCGCGGAGCCCAGCCCCGGCACCCCCUGCUACAUCGCGGGCUGGGGUUCCCUCUACGAAGAGGGACCAGCAGCCGACGUGGUGAUGGAGGCGCAGGUACCCCUGCUCAGCCAGGAGACGUGCCGGGGUGCCCUGGGCAAGGACCUUCUCACCAGUGCCAUGUUCUGUGCUGGGUAUUUGUCUGGAGGCAUCGACUCCUGCCAGGGCGACUCAGGGGGCCCGCUGGCGUGCGAGGACCCCACUUCGCACCACUUUGUCCUCUACGGUAUCACCUCGUGGGGUGAUGGCUGCGGUGAGCGGGGCAAGCCAGGAGUCUACACCCGUGUCACUGCCUUCACGGACUGGCUGAGUCUCCAGAUGGACUCUGCCCCUGGCAGCCGAGAACCGAGCUGUUUCGACCUGCUAGCCUUGGCACAGCUGCCCCCCGAGCAGCAGUCCCCGGAGCGCGCCCGUCUCUGCGCCUUCUACGCCGGAUCCUGUCGGGCGCCUCAGGGCCGGGCCACCUGUGCCCGCCUGGCCGAGGAGGCCUGCCAUGCCAGAACGAGACGAUGCGAGCUGCACUCCUAUGCCCAGACCUUGGUGGAUCUCCUGCGCCAGGCUGGGGACUUCAUCCAAAACCAGUUUGAUUUCUCCUUCCUCACCCGCACUCUGCCUCAGCUCCUGGGCAAGAUCUACGGGCACUUCUUCCCUCCCCGUGUCCGCAGGGAUGCCCCAGGCCUGGCUGUGGCACGGGGCCAAUCCAGCCCCACAGCAGUGGGAUCCCAGAGACCCCCCAGCAGGUGGGGGGACAGGCGGAUGCCUCCCUUUGCAGAGCUUUUUGGGGUAGUGGGACCCCAGUUGCAGGACUGGGUGGAGGCUCUGAGGACCAUGGCAGGGGGCAGCCAUCUGGUGACAACACAGGACAGGAAGCAGCUCCCAGGGGAGAUGCAGCUCUUCCUGCAGGGUGAGGAUGUGGUGGAGGAGAUGGUGGCACAGGGACGAGCCUUCCUCACCCAGCUGCGAGCAGAGUUGGACCUUGGCACCACCCCAAAAGCCAUGGAGCCACAACGGGCAUCUGGAGAGCUGGCAGGGACCCUCGUUCCAAGCCAUGAACCCCGGUCUGCACUGAGGGAGAAACGUGAACUGGUGCCCACGGAGCUGCCCAGGGUGGAGGAGGAAGAGGAGGAGGAGGCAGGUGUGGGCAGAGGGGCUGCAGCCUGUCCUGGCCUCAACGAGUCGGCAGUGCGGGUGGGUGCGGUGCGGGACCUAUAUGCCUGGGUGCUGCGGGUGCCCGAGGCAGACCUGGCCAUGACCUUCCAAGAGAUCCUGGUGGACUUGGGCUCCAAAAACACCCAGGGACUGUACCGGGCACAGGUUCGGGCCACUGUAGGGGGCCGCCCCACAGCCUUCACUGGUCUUGUGGGGCUGGAGAGUGACUCACUGGCCCGUAGCAUGCCUGGCCUUGUCGCUCUGGCGCUAGAAGUGCUGAAAACCUAA